AUGGUAGCCCAAACGACGUACAAACCGGUGACCUAUGUUACCAAAGGCGGUGGUACCUUGAAACUGUACGACAAAGAAUUGACGUUUCAAAUGAAGGAUGCUUCUGCCGCCAAUGGUAUUAAAAUUUUCACAUUGCCGUGGAGUAAAAUCAAGAAACGCCAAGUGUCCGAUUCCGGCACUACUGGCAAACCCAAAAUUAAAUUAAUUCUCAAGAGCGGCACCGAAGCCAUUUUUCAAAUGGACGAUCGCAUUUCGCUCGAAGUGUUACGAGAUGACAUUGCCGAACGAUUGGCACGCUGGAAGGAAAAGUAUCCCGAUUCCGACGACGAAGCCGUCAAUCAGACGCGAGGCGCCGGCACAACCCAACGACGACAAUCCACGCCCUAUCGCAUGGCCAAACCCGUCGUGGAAACUACCCGGGCGAGUAUGAGUCAACCCCGUGCCAGUCAACCCUACCGCAUGGCCGCACCGCAAAAGCUGCCCGCCACGGCGCCACGACAAUCGCAGCCGUACCGUAUGAAAAAACAAAACGAGCCGGAACCACCACGACAAAGUCAACCCUACCGAUUUGUGGCCGCCAAAAAAUAA